AUGGCAGAAGUGCGUAUGAAGGCUCUUGACACCCACAUGCUUACAAUGACCGAGCAAUGGGACAUUAUCGCUAUUCAAGAUCCUCCACCUCAGUUGGCCUUUGCCCAUAAUUUGUUCAAGAAUCACCACAUUUGUUGUCGCGGUACCUCCCCUGGCGAACUGGACGCCUUCAACAACCCUUGGGCUAUUGCGGCUCAUGAGAAAAGCGCACGCCUCAAACGCGACAAGGGCAUUUCCAACAAGCUGAAACUUGUGCCUCUCUACAAGGUCGCAUUUUUAGUUUCCAAGUCGAUUCCUCUCGCUGAUUGGGCUGUCGACUGGUACCCUGGCGAGGAGAACGAGCGUCUUUUAGCAACGUUGUAUCUUGAAACGCAAUUGCCAACUCGUAUGGCCCUCCACAACGUCUACAAUGCUUACUAUGAGGGUCGCACGAAACUGAACGUGGAGGCUUUCAUUUCCACCAUAACACAAACUGGAUUCUGCCUCAUCGUCGGAGAUCUCAACUUCCCGCAUCCAUGGUAUGGAGGACCUCAUGUUAUACCCAAAUUGGAUGCUGUGAAAUUUGUCAACGAGCUUCAAGCAGCCCACAUGGAAUGCCUCCUGGAUCCGACAAGAAUCCCCUUCACCUGUACGCCCGGCCAGGUCAUAGACGAAUGCGCCUCGACCCUUGACGUUGGUUUUGCAUCGCCAGCUUUCUCCCCACACGUUCAGGAUUACAAGUGCCUCGACGUGACCGGCUUCAAAUCGGACCAUCGAAUCCUGGAGACUACCAUCGACACAACCCCCAACUUACGGGAAGAUGUCUGCUACCAGUGGAACAAUGUUCCGCGCAAGGUCUUGCGCCAAGAAAUUGGCCCGGCUUUGAAGGCGCUUGCAUCACUUCCGCUAGAGACCAGGCUUGACAUCGACAACUAUAUCAAGCGGGUGGUAGAGAUCAUUAUUUGUGCCCGGGAGAAGUUGGCUUUCAAGAGGAAACCGCCCCAGAUCACCACUAAGUCCAAGCGCAAGCCCGCCCAGUCCAAACCCCGACCCCAGGAAACACAGCCAAGCAGCUCAACAGAUACCCAGGAUACACAGCCAAGCAGCUCAACGGAUACCCAGGAAACACAGCCAGGCAGCUCAACAGAUACCCAGGAUACACAGCCAAGCAGCUCAACUGACACCCAGGAAACACAGCCAAGCAGCUCAACGGAUAAUGACCCCAAAGCAGGCCGGACCUACGAGAAUUACCUCAAGGACAAGGACAAGGAAGCGUACCGUCGAUACAUGGACAUCCAGUGCCAGAACAUUCACAAGGCGUCCAAGGUCAGUGCCCAAAGGUCCAUGCCUCGAUCGUUUGGUCACAUUCCGGUCUUGGAAGAGCGCCUUCCGGACAAUUCGAUCCGCAAAUACAUAGACUUUGAUGACAAGGCCGAGUUCAUGGUUAGGACGCUUUUCCCAAUAUGUACUUGCGGCACAGUGCCCCCGUGGGUGUUUGACAUCCUAUAUCUCCCGGGCAACCUCGAUGAAACUGAAAGAGCCAGGCGACAGAUCAAGCCUGAUGAGAUCGCUUGCAUUGUCCAGAACAUGCCUGCGCACAAGGCGGAAGGGAAGGACGGAGUUUCCAUCGAUGUUCUCAAGAUGCUUUUGCCGCUCGAGAAGAAUCCUGAGCGAGUGUUUGCUGGCGACGCCGAAAAUAAUUCCGAAGACAUCCUCGAUUCCGAAGACAUCCUCACUAGCGUCCUUCAGCGGCCCAUGCAAGCUUGCCUCAACCUUUCCUACCACCCAGAAGCAUUCAAGGAGGCGGUGACGGUGAUGAUCCGCAAGAAAUCGAAACUCUCAUCUUCUGCCGAAGGAUACCGUCCCAUAGCUUUACUUUCUGCUAUCGCCAAAAUCUUCGAGAGGCUAUUUGCUGACAGACUGACCGACUUUCUGAUCGAGUCCACUAGGCUUCUUCUUGAGCAGUUUGGUGGCCGAGGGAAGAGCGCCACCCAGGCGCUCGAGUUCCUUGUCGAAGCCGUGUAUAGGAACUGGUUCGCCAAAAAAGAAAAGAUCUUCGUCACCAUCUGCGCCCUCGACAUCACGGGAGCCUAUGACCGCGUCCGGCGACAACACUUGCUGAAUAUCCUGGUCAGAUACGGAGUUCCCGGCUGGAUGGUCAAGUUUGUGGCAUCCUUUCUUUCCAGUCGCAGCACCACGGUCAGGGUCCAGGGGCGCCAUUCCAAGAAAUUCUCGAUCAACAUUGGGAUUCCUCAAGGAAGCCCGCUGUCGCCAAUCCUGUUCAUUUUCUUCACUCUGCCGCUCCUCGAGAAGCUCAAGGCAAUACCCAGCAUGGAAACUAACAGGAACGCGAGGCUCCUCCAGUUAAAGGAACUUCUCAUUACAACAUUCGUGGACGACAUCACUCUGUUGGUUGCAUCUCCCUCGAUCAAGCAGAACAACGAGGCUCUGGCAAUAUUGUACGAGCUCCUGACCGAAUUUGCGGCUCUGAAUGGCACCGAGUUCGGCCCCCACAAGACUAAAGUCAUGCAUAUGUUGCAGAGGGGUCCCGCGAUCACAGACAUGCCCAAGGUUGACGGGUUUCCACCCAAGGCAGUAGAAAGUAUGGAAAUUCUUGGGGUCACCCUGGACUAUCGUCUCAAUUGGGUGGAGCAUGUCAACAAUGUUUUGUCCAAGGUCCGGAGGAAGAUGUUUCUUCUCCGCCGAAUCAGCGCAACUACUUGGGGCGCAUCGAUCUCGGAACUCCGCACGAGGUACAUCACCGCUGUUCGUCCCAUCGUUGCUUACGCAUGUCCCGUUUGGUUUGUGUUGAAGACCCCGGGUGGGCCUCCCUGCAACUGGACUCUGGCCAAGUCUGUCGUCAACCUUUUGGAAACACAGCAGAACAAUUGCUUGAGACAGAUUUCUGGCGCUUUCCCUCGCGCCUCUGGUCACGCUCUAUGCAAGGAAUUGUACAUUGAGCGGAUGUCGGUGUUCCUCCACAGGUGCGCCCGCGCGUACCGGGCCUCGAACAAGGGCACUCCGGAAGGCAUGGCGCUCUGCAAUCUCUGGGAGCGAAAUCACAAGCGCAUUUGUGUCAACAGCGAGGUUCUGCAAAGACACCCGUACUGCGUCGCCUACCACGAAGCCAACACGCUUCUCAGGGUGAACGCGCAGAUACAGCUCGCCGUCGAGAUACAGACUUGGACCGAGCCGCCGGAUUCCGUCAGAGGCACGGCCAAGCGGGCCGCGAGGUUGAAGCAAAUCAUCAAGUCUUUGGCCAAGGACCUGGCAGAACAGAGAAUGAAGGAGUCGUGGAUCGAGGAAUCCAACAAACGUCGCUGCUUACUCGGCAAGCUUGCCUACGACGCUCCAACCUGGAAAGGCACGUAUGGGAAACACAACCUCGAGGCCUACAAACCUCUUCGCAAGGCACAGGGUACCAUUUUACUGGGCAUCAAAACCGGCAUCAACGGCCUGAACAAACCAUUGUUCGACAUGCACAUCUUCCUGAAGCUUCGCCUCCACGCUCCUCCGUCAGUCAGCACGUUUGCCCAGCCCCCUCGUCAACGAGCCCUGCUGACUUCCGUUCAUGUCCUUCAGGACUUCGACCAUUACAACGAGCCAAGUCUCCUCCGCCGUUCGGACGUCUGCGCCGUGAGCUCCGCCAGGCACGGCGGCCCCGAGGCCUCCGUGCCGUCGCGCCGUUACAACGUCUUCCGCCCUGCCGCGCAGUCUCGACGUGGGAAGAGCCCUGCCGCCGUCAGCCAUACUCUCGCCAUAUUCGCCCUUCCCGACUUACCGACGUUCGUAAGCUGA